AUGUAUGAGCUCUGUAAGGCCGUUGUUCGGGAACAUGACAAAGACCCACAGCUGUUCUUCCAGACCUUACUGAAACUCAAAGAACAACAGCUGAGCUUUGAAGUUUCUGUCCUGGGAGAGACCUUCACUGAUGUUCCAGACAUCUUUUUAGAAGCCAAAGAACAGUUGGUUGACCACAUCCAGCACUGGGGUUUCAUGCCCAGUAAGGAAGAUUACCUCAAAGUGCUGUGCCAAGCAGAUGUCGUCGUUUCCACGGCCAAGCACGAGUUUUUCGGAGUAGCAAUGUGAGUUUCAUCUGCUGUCUGUCACAGAAAUAUGUUCUCUCCAAAC